CCGGGGGCUUUGUCACCUGCAGGCAGCAAGGCCAAGGGGACAGGAGUGCGCUUCACCCCCCAGGGGACCCAGGGCCACCCCCAGGAGGGGACCCACGGCCACGUCCACUUCCAGGAGCAGCUGCACGACUCGGCCGUGAUGGUGACAGAGGACAAGGACGGCCACUUCCUGGUCAAGGUGGGAUUCCUGAAGAUCCUCCACAAGUACGAGAUCACCUUCCUGCUGCCCAGGCUGGGGAAGGACAUUUGUCCCCUCCCUGUCCCCAGCCCCAACCUGCGCGUCAUCAGCGUCACCUCCCUGCCGGAAGGGCACAGCGUGCGCUGCGAGUACACGGCGCACAAGGAGGGGGUGCUGAAGGAGGAGCUGCUCCUGGCGGGACACGGCCCCGGCCACAUCAAGGUCACCGUCCAGGCCCGGGUCAUGGACCGUCACCACGGCACGCCGAUGCUGCUGGACGGGGUGCGCUGCGUGGGAGCCGAGCUGGAAUACGACUCGGAGCAGAGCGACUGGCACGGCUUCGACUGACCCCAGACCUCACCCCGGGGGUCCCCAAAGUCCCCAAAGGACAGGACGGUCCCCAAAGCAGGCGGGGCC